GACUUUCUGCACAACAAAAGCCAAAACUUUCUCACGUGAAGCGAGUAAAACUCCCCCGUCAGAUAGAUGCACGCUAAAAUACUCUGAAAAUGCUGAUCGCUUAUUAUUAUUAGAAAGUGCGUAUAAUAAACUCAGUUCUACAUUUCUUCCUGAUAAUAAAUCGAGAUUAAUUUAGUCCUCCCAUUAACAUUAACUCUGAGCAGUACAACGUAAUGAAAUUUCAUCCCCAAUGACGAUUUCUUCCAACUCAAGUACACGUGUUAUCACAUUUUUGUAGAAAUGAAGGGCGAUCGGAAAUCUGUCCAAUUAAUUAAUCAUAGCCAUGAUCCACAUCCAAUUCUUCCCUUCUACUUCCAGAGGAGGAGUGAACGUCUCGAUUGGAGAAAGAUAGCAUCCCUAGACCUGGAAAAAGUCAUUCAAAACGUGGAUACCGAAGAAUUGGACGAAUUCGUGACGCCCAUCCUCUUCUGCAGGGCUGACUCGGAAUUCGACGAGAAUAAAAUUGACCCCGGUUUCAUCAAAGUGUUCAAACUUUGUCAACUAAUUGGAGAAUAUUUAUCCUUCUCGAGGGACAAGGGGGUCGAGAAAGUAAUCACUCUUGAGGCUAGAUGCAGCCUCUUGGAAGAACAAAAAGUCAAGGGGGACGAGGAGGCCGGUCAGCUGAGAGAAAAUCUCACCCUGGCCAAGAAGGAAUUGAAGAAGACCAAGGAAAUGCUAGCCUCGACACAGACGCAAUUAUUGGGCAGUGACAAUUUGGACGAGGUUGACCAGUGUCCCUAUUGUAGCAAAACCUUCCUGGCCCCCUCCCUCUUGUUGGCUCACCUUCAGCGACGCCAUCAAGGGCUCCCAAUUCCUGGAAACCUUCAGCAAAAUUCGACUGGUGCCACGGCCAACGUUAUGUUUCCUGUGCAACUUCAAGGCUCAUCCUCGACCGCUUUUUCCCCAAUGAAGUUCAGCUCUGGUGGAAGUGUCGGCCUUGGUGGGACCCCGACUGUUUACGCAUUCACCCUGAGUCCUGAUGGAACUGUCACCAGAAAUCAGAAUCAACUAGCUACAGCUACAAAUCACAAUCUUAGCAACAUUUCGCCCCCUUUUUUAGAGAAUAAUAAUAAUUUCGAGAAGCGGAGAAACUCUGCGACUCAAACUCAAACUCAGCCUUCUUCCGAGGAAACUGUCAACACCAUGAAAAAGAAAGAUUCAGAGUGUACUGGAGGAAAUGAUCAAAAUGGAAAUGAAUGUUCUCCCCCUCAUUCCAAAUUUUUGUCAAAGACAACGAAAAGUAAUUCGGAUUCGGAUCCUCUUCUCUUAAAAGUUAUAAAGUAUCCGUCUCCUGCUGGUGGAAAUGGGAAUGAUGAUUCCGAUUCAGAAAAAGAAGCACCUCUUCCUUCUUCACAAGCCAAACAUCAAAGACAAAGAAUGCAAGAGGAGCAUCAUGAAGCAGAUGAAACCACCAGCAGCCCAUCUUUGAUUCCUUCUGGUCUUGAUUUAAACACGAUUUGUGAUCUCGUCGAGAAAUAUCUGGAGCAAAAAAGUGUGGCGAGUCAGAACCAGCAUUAUGAUAAAAUAUUGAAAUCCAUUUACAACAAUAUGGAUCAGUUCCAUGAAUUUGCACAAAAUCGACCCUCCUCCACCACCACCACCACUCAGAAUCCUCAAGUGGCUUUCACCACCAAGGAAAAUUACUUGCCAACUUUCGCAGUUUCCAGAGGAGAAGGAGUUGCAGCGUCAAGUAGUAGUAGUCGUGGUCCGAGUCCAUCAGGACCUAAUGCCAGACCACUAACCAGAAGUGACACUAAUGUUCCUACUGCUGGUGGUAACUUUGAUGAUAAGGGUGGAAGCAGUAGUUCUCCAGACUUGGAGAGGAUAGAGGGGAACGUGCUGAGGAUGAAAGAUGAGUUUGAGACGCAGUGGACACAUUUGUCGGAGAAAAUUCGUGAUUCUGGGAUUGAAGGGGAGUCUCAACUCUCCAGCCAUGUCCAACCCAGGAUUGAAGAGUUGAGACAUGCUUUUUUGACGGAAAUUAAAAAAGUUCAAGAGAUGAUCCUCAACACGCCUCAUCGUGGAGUGGCUUCCUCCAGGGACGACGAUGACGGAGUUGGCACCACCACCGCUACCGCCACGAACACUCAAGUUGUGGCUGAUCUCGGGGUUAAAGUUCAUGACAAUAAUAAAUCAAUGGGCCAAAAUGCUACCAGCGUGGAUGGAGACAAAGAACUAAAACUUGAUCGUGGUAUGGAUGCACACUUUCAAAAACUUUCAGACAACCUCGAGUCCAAGAUGACCCUCGAAUUGCAAGAGAUGAAGAGAAAGUUGGAAUCUCAAGAUGAAUUUUGGCGUACCCAACUCCACACGAUUGAACAACAGCAUCAACUGCAGAUUGAAAAGUUGCACAAGGAUUUUGAACAGAGAUCGUCCUCGCUAUCAAAUCAUGUAGCCAGUUUAACCUCCAAACUCCCAGUCUCAUCCUUGGAUCAACAAGGCGAGAAUUAUUACGUGGAGGAAUUUGAUUCACCCCAAAAGAAUGCGGGUCCUAUUGCUAAGCCGAGGAGAAGAACAGCAUGUAAAGAACAACAAGAACAACAAGGGGACAUACAAGCCAAAAGUCAAACAAGGGGCAAUUCUACCAUGAAAGGGCAAAAUAACAGUAGUUGUGGCGAGGACGACGAUGACGACGUUGGCGGUCGUGGAGAAAGUAUUUCAAUUACUCGCCGAGACAACGUAGGAAUAAAUCAGCAGCCAUCGUCGUCCUCCUUCCGACAAAUGUAUCCAGUCGGCGACUCAGAAGAGGAAGAGGAUGACGAUGACUACCAGAGCGAGGAAGGAGAUCAAGGCAUAAUCUCCAGCGAGGAUCCUGAUGCAGAGGGAGACUAUUUGACAAUAAUUCAUGCGGAAGGCGACGUUCCUGAAUAUUUGCAUCAUCAGUCUGGACCUGUAGUACAACGCGUGACCACGAAAACCACCACUUUAGAUUUGCCAUCACCACCACGGCAGACACGUUCCUCUCCCAGAAAUCCUAAACCGGCAAGACGGACAAGAAGAAAAUCUGCAAUGAUGGCAAGAAAACCGCAGAUUCGAGAGGAACGGCAACUACUUGAUGAUCAAGUGUCAAACUAUACGCUCUCCACGUCGGCGGAAAAUCAUCGAAGGGAUGCUCAGAGCAGUGACGAUGACGGAGAAAGUCUGUCAGACGAAGGUGUUGACGCAGGUAAUGGGGGUCAAAGGUUGGGCAAGAAAUAUAGCUCCCGAAAUAAACUGGCGAUGAUGGAAAAGUCGUCGUCUCCCAAGAAAAAGUACGUGUUCGACUCUGUCCAAGGAAAACUUAUCGAUGCAAGUGAAACCAAAAGCCAAAUGGAUUUAGUCCGGGAUCGCAUCGUGCUAAACGAGUUGGAUACGCAGAUCGCAAACUUGGGCAUAGAUCCCACCGCGACUUCAAUCGGUCUCGAGGAAAUGAAGAGAGCUUUGAAACACGUCAAGGAUGAAAAACACUUCAUGGCCGAGGAUGAAGGAGAACAGUUUCAAUCGGAACUCAACACUUUACGGAAAGAUGUUAAACAUGAAGUUGCUCGACGAUCUAUACAACAAAAGUUGGAAAAAUAUGGAACACCAAAACGGAAACCAGAGUUGAAUCGGCUCUCAAAUAUUUUCAACAAAGUAAAAAAGUCAGGGUCAUCAUGGAGGCAGAAGGUCGCAUCUGCCAUGAAGCGAAAGCGAGAUACUCCCACGAAAAAGAAGAAUAAACCUGCCGAUGACGAUAUCAAAACAACAUUCUUUUCCAAAUGGGGCCGAAAAAAGAAAGCAAACAAAGAUGCCAAAGAAAACAAGUCUGAUAUGGUUGACGAUAAUAAUGAGGGAAAUCGAGACGACAACACGGGCUCAUCCGAGGAUGAAGAAGAGUCAAGUAGUAGCGACGUGGAAAUGCCUCCCUACAUGACUCGCUCACAACCUAUAUUGCUCGACAGACGUAGCAAUAAUUCUAGACGAGGAGGAGGAGAAAGUCGGAGAAAAUCCAGCAGUGGCAACAGGAAACCAAACCGUGAUUCUGACUCUGCUUCAGAGAGCGAGGAGAUUGGACAACCUCCAAAAUCUCCACAUUCUCAUCAUCAUCUGUCACAGAAUCUUAAGCCAAAACUAAAACCACGACGUGUCAACAAUCCUCCCGCCCCACUUCCGGCUUCUUCUCCUAAAUCUCCACCUAAUCGGAAUGCUGCCCUGCAUGGCCAGUUGGUUUCGGAAUUACAGGCAAAAUUCAACAAAAAUAAAUCGCCAGCGGUCAAACAUAAUGAGUCUCGGACCUCACCACCACCCACGAAAUUUAAAGUUCCCAACUUUUUCGUGACCGGUCCCCCCAUCGCGACCACCACUUCACCUCACCGCACUGCGGUAACGAGCAAUGGUUGGAGUGAGGAAACCCUGCAGGAAUUUGGAAAAAAUGCAAAACUCAUGGGAAAUGGUUCACCACUAGUUUCCGGACAAGAACAAAGACGUGGGAACGGCAGAACGGGGAGUAAACGUUCACCAGAAGAGGAAAAAAAUCCCAGUCGCCGUCAUACUAAAGGUUCAACUUUGGCCACCACCACUUCCGUGCUGGACCUGGUUUCACCAGAGAAGAGAAAGCAGCAGAUGAGCUUUGCAAGAUCGGAUGACAGGAGGAAAGGUUUCCGCAGGAAGAGCAGCAGCCUUUCAUUGUCCGACGAGGGUGAUGGACAUCGCGAUGAAAUUCAUAGAAAUGCAUCAAACCAGCACCUUUCUCCCAGGGAUGGAAGAUACGUAGUCUCGCAACAUUCUUCGUCUCCCCAUCAUCGCCCCAAAUUCCAUUCCCCGCACGAUACCAUCACCAGAAUUAGCAGUGGCCCACUUCCGGUUGGAAGGAAUCAUAAUAAUCUCGAGUUUCAAAGAAGUAGAGCAACAAGAUCUUCACCACCCGAGGCGGACAGCAGCGAUACGAGCGCCUGGGAUACGGAAGAGGAAGAAGAAAUACAUGCCUUUGAAGGAGAUGAUUAUCCUGCUCACCCGCAUGCUGAUGGACAAAGCCAAGGUCAAUCCACAUCCACAAUGGCAGUAGUGGAUUAUAAUUAUCGUUCUUCAUCAUCCGAUUCCAAUUACGACUCACAUCCAGGUCCGUCUUCUUCUAGGAGGAGAAGAACAAACCAGCCGAGCAGUAGCAACACAAAUAGAAACAUGAGCACAAAAGAAGACCAAAAGUCUAAUAAUGGCGAAACUAAUGAGAAUCUCAAGAUCAUGAAGAGCAGCAUUUUAUCAGUGGAUUUUACCAGUGAUGAAGAAACUUCAAGAUCUCAGUUUCCCACCACCACAGCGACAACCAAUUACGACGCUUUUCAGAAAAAGUACCAGCAACAGGAUGAACAUCAGAAAAGUAAGGGUUUCAAUUAUUCCGCGACUUCCAUGAGUCAAAGUCAACAACAUCAACAGCAACGGAGUAGUGUUUCAAACUUUGGCGUGUCUUCCACUUCAAGGAACAACUUGGCUGCUGGUGCUGGUGGAAAGUUUGGGACUGCCGAAGUCACUCUUGAGCGCCCUUCCACUGCUGGAAGGAGGAGUAACUUUACACGGGAACUGAAAAGCCCAGAUAAUUCCUGGGAUUCAGAUUAAUUAAUUGAUUACUGUAUGUAAAUGAUAUACUUAUGUAUACACGUGUCGUGUCUAUUAUUAGUUCUUUAAGUGACUUUGAAAAUGGAUACGUAAAAGUUAUGUAUAUAAAUGUGAAUGUGUUUAUAACAGAAUAAAUUGCAUUUACCUUUUAA